CCUCUUUUCUCUCCCCAGACUCCUCCACCCUGCUUCCCCCAAGGAGUCCUGGGGCCCUGGGGGUGACAGCCCUUCCGGCCCCUCAGUCCCCUCUGCUGCUCCUCUUGCUGCUGCCCGUGGCCCUCCUGCUGCUGGCCGCUGCCUGGUGCCUGCACUGGCGAAGGACGAGGUGGAGGACGCCCUGCCCCGAGGAGCGGGUGCCCCCUACCUCCAGUCCCCAGGACAUGCUGCUUGCAGAGUGCUGACGUGGCCGGGGCCUCAUCUUGGUGAG